AUGCUCCUCACGUCAGCAGCAGCAGCAGCAGCAGCAGUGGGACAGCAACAGCCGCAGCAAGACCAGCAGCAGCAACAACAACAACAGCAGCACCAGCGGCUACGGCAGCAACAGCAGCAACAGCAACAGCAGCGCACAGCUCUGCUGCAGCAACCUCGUGUAGCAACCGCUGCCGCAGAAGCAGCAGCAGCAGCAGCAGCAGCAAAGCCACAGCAGCAGCAGCAGCAGCAGUUCGAGACAGAAAGAGCCCUUUCUCUCCUCUCGAGCUGCAUGCCCUUUGCUGAAGCUCCUCCGUUCUUUCAGAGGCAGCAGCAGCAGCAAAGCAAGCAGCAGCGACUCCAGCAGCUGGACAGCAGCAGCAGCCGCAGCAGCAGCAGAAAGUUUGCUCGCGGCUUUAUAUCUUUUGGCGUUGGCUUUACGAGUUCUGCUGCUACUGCUGCAGCAUCAGCAGCAGGAACUGUCUACGGGCAUGCAGCAGCAGCAGCAGCAGCUGCUGCUGCUGCGGCGCAGCGUAAAAUUGUCAACACAUUAGCAGCACCCCCGCAGCAGCUCGUAAACCUUUUUGCACUUCUGCCCGAGUCGCUUAGACUGAGGCGUCUUUCUAUUCCUGAUGAAGACUUCCCAGAGUGCCUCCACACCCCAAGCAUGCAUCUGCUGGUAGAAGACGCGCGUUUGCUGCAUCCGCUGCUGCAGCAGCUGAAGAGACGAACGUUCUUCAGGAUAUUUAAACUAAAUAUAAAACAAAAGAGCUGUCAUAGGGCUUCUUUGCUGCUGUCUGAUCAGCAGCUGCAGCAGCAGCAGCAGCAGCUUCUUCUGCAGCAGCAGCAGCAGCAGCAGACCCAACUAACCCCUAGCAGCGUGUUUCCUGAAUCUACUUUUGCAGCAGCAGCAGCAGCAGCAGCAGCAGCAGGUCGAGGUCGGGGACCCCACACUGGGGGAGCAGCAGCAGCAGCAGCAGCAAUGUUUGCUGCUGAUCUUGAAGAAGCAAAGUGCGUCUCCCCGGAGAAGUGCGGCCUUUGCAUGUGCAGCGAAGAAGAGAUACCCUUGUCUUGGAGACAGAAGCCGAGAGAAGAUUUCGUCGAUAGAAAGCAUGCAGCUUCAUUCUAUCGGAAGGAGACUUCAGCGGGUCCGAACGGGCCUGCGAGCAGCAGCAGCAGCAACAGCAACAGCAACAGCAGCAGCAGCAGCAGCAGCAGCAGCAGCAACAGCAACAGAGGCGAAGCAGCAGAAGAUUCAACAGAGACUCUGGUGUAUGUUGAUUUGCUGCGCAACCCUCCAGGCUAUACAGAAUAUCAAGGGGGCCCUAUUUGGGGGGCCCUGCAGCAGCAGCUAUAUCGGUUGCAGCAGCAGGAGCUGCAGCAGCAGCAGCAGCAGCAGCAGGAUAUUAAGACUUGCGGAGACGCAGCAAAACUGUCUCUAAUACUAUCAGGCAUGCAAUCUAACAUAUCUGCGCUUGCUGCAGAGUAUUUCUAUUCAGAUUUGUCGAUGCAUUAUCAGCAGCAGCAGGAGCAGCUGCAGCUGCAGCAGCAGCAGCAGCAGCAGCUGCUGCAGCACGAGGAUUUGGAGACUCCUGCUCCCCCUACCCCAGCUCCUUCUGUCUCCUUCUUCUUAGACCGCUUCGCAGCUUAUCCUGAGCGGCAGCAAAACCUGCUGUUUGCCUUCUCGUUGCUGCUGAAGGGUGCUGCUGCUGUUGCUGCUGCUGCUGUUGCUGCUGCUCAUGGGAGUGGGUCUUAA